AGUGCAGUGCCUGAAUUGACGCAGGUCAAUUUUGUUUGUUUACUGAACGAAUGUAUUUAAACAUUUUCCCCCAAUUUGACCAUGGGGCUUCCAGAUUUACCAGAACAGAAUGAUGAAGAUGACACUUUUUGUGUCAGAGAAGACUACAUAAUCAAUGCAGAAAUCUCAAGUGAUGAAAGUGAAAACGAAUUUGGCGAAGAAAAUGAAUAUAUAGGAUAUCAACCACUAAAUUUGCAUGAUCCGGAUGAAUCAACAAUGGAUUUAGAUGAUAAAGAUAACGACACUGAAUCCAAUGAAAUGAUAGUUUCACACAAUGUCAGCACAUCUAGUGCUUAUCAGUCUAAUCCAGACUUUUUCAAUGUAGAUGUAUGGAACGCGCCACGACCCGUUGAACUGAACAUCGAAUUGGAUGGCGUUAAAGAAAAUCAGAUACUCAAUGCCAUGGCUGCAAUACAGCUGCCUAAUUUGUCCGUUCCAGAUUGGGCUACAGGAAUUCCAGAGAACGCAUGGAAAGAAGAUCUACUACUUCGGAUUCGACAGCAUGCACAAAGACGAAAUGUUUAAAUUAUGUAUAGUUAUGAAAUUAUGAAUAAAAUACAUUCAAUUAAAAUAAUCAUA